CUUGGCCAAACAUAUCUUGGAUGAAUUCAGAACUCUGGUCAAUAAUGUCCUUAAACAGUCAGGUAAUCCAGCCUCCUUAGAGAGGAAAGACCCUUCAAGCCCUGCAAUUACUCUGACUAUUUUAAUGAACCUGAGAAUAUAUCGGUGGAUCUGGUUCUUGCUCUUCAAAUACGACAAUGGCCCUAAAAGUGCAAGCAAUGGAAUGAAUAUUGACGGCUGGCUUGGCACAAAGGUAAACAAGAUUAUAGAAUCGAACCAUGCUACAUGGUAGCCAAACAGAAAGACAAAAAAGAUACAUGGUGUAUUUCCUUUCAAAUAUUGAAAAAGAUAUAAUAAGCCAUCACGGAAGCGCAAAAACCUGCUGUGAGCGUCAAGGAUCCAAUUGCUGCAGGAAACCAUGUCUUAAACUGAUGAAGUAUAUACUGAAACAACUCAAGGAGAGAGGAAAUCAGAGAAUGAAUCAAUUUUACUCAUACCAAGCAAAGACUGCUCUACUGCAUGCAUGUGUUCAGUACCCAAAAGAUGAAGACUGGAAGCUGGAAGACCUGCAUAUCUGCUUCAAUAGAUAUGUUGAAUUCUUUCAAAAAUGCCUGAAAAACUAUUCUCUUCCAAACUUUUUCAUACCUUCCCAAAACCUUUUUAGUCCAAAUGAAGUUGAUAAAGCAAGCUGCAAAUACUUUCUUGAAGAGUUAGAAAUGGAAAAGGUUAAAAACUACCCAAUAUUUUUAGAGAGUACCAUUUCUGAUAUGUGCCUGCUGUAUGAGAAAGUAUCCUGUUCACCUUGAAUUGCUUCCUUUGUGUAAAAGUCCUGGUGUCCCACUGCUUUCCUAUUAUAAACUGACCAUACUAAAAUGGAAUACACCAAGGUCAGUUCUCUAGCCGUGCUCUCUUCCAAUAAUCAGUCUUGUCCUGACACAUGCACCCACCCCCUGCACAGUCAUUCACUGGGUGCUGCCGUUUCUUCUCCCCCAACUCUUAUGCAGCUGAGAACAGGGGGAAUGUGAUCACUUAAAUAAUGGGGGGGGGGGGGGGGGGGGAGCAUUUAUGCUUUUUUUUAUAUCCAUAUAAAAAUGUUUUGCCUUUCAUUUCUAUAGCAGUCCACAGGAUCUCCCAAGCUGUCACUGGAUGCUGAAGGCGUUUAAGGAUAUAAUUAAAGCUGGCCAUAACCUGUUCGAAUCAUGUCUGGUUCAGCAGUGACCAGCUGAGAUUUGAACCAUGUACGGAAAGGCUGAAUGUACUCAAUUGAACGAUAAACUUGGGUACACAACCAGACUGUCAGAUUUAACGUGUGAUUAUUGCUAGCAGCUAUUUUAGCCGCUAGCAGUAAUCACUGUGUUCCUCCACUGGAAGUUCACAAUGAAGAACACAACAGUCAAUGUUAAUGGGAGAAUCAAGCAAUUUUUUUUCCUGAAACCAGUGCUUGCAGGAAAAAAAAUUGCUCCAUCUAUGGCCGGCUUAACUCCUUGGUUUGCAGCCACUGAGAAUUAAAAGUCCUCCUUGGACUCACACAGGGCCUACAGAACUUUAAUAAACAGUGGGCAGCAGUAUGCAUACAUAGCUUCUCAGCCUAAGGCUCCAUACAGACUGGGUUUAAAAAAACACUCAUAUAGCUGAACUUAAAGCGGAAGUUCCGGCCACAAUUUCACUUUUUAAAUAUAAAUACCCCUGUAAUACACAAGCUUAAUGUAUUC